AUGGCUGCUAAGAGACUUGUUGUUGCUGGAGGAAGCGGAUCCCGGAUUUGCAGAGCGGCUGCUGCUCGGGGUUGGGAAGUGACAUCGCUAAGCCGAUCUGGAGAGCCGCGCUGGGACACCGUCACAAGCUCCCCGGAGCGGCCAAGCUGGGCAAGCUCGGUCGAAUGGGCCAAGGCCGAUAUCCUCAAGCCGGAAACUUAUAAGCCAUUCCUGAGCGGGGCAUCGGCUGUCGUUCAUACGAUGGGUAUCCUUCUCGAGGCCGACUACAAGGGUGUUGUACAAGGGCGCGAACCGCUCGUCGGUGGUCUGCAACGAGCAUUCAGCACGUCCAAACUGGGAAGCCAGAAUCCACUACUAAGGAAAGAGGGCGAGGCUCUCGAGCCCAAGGAGAGGGAUGGUCAAUUGACUUAUGAAUUGAUGAACAGGGACUCAGCUAUUGCGCUUGCCCAAGAAUCUUCAAACGAGCAUGUCCCAGCUUUCGUGUACAUCUCUGCUGCAGCUGGGGCGCCCAUGCUGCCAGCCCGGUACAUCACCACCAAACGUGAAGCCGAGGCCACCAUCUCAUCUUCGCUACCCGAGCUGCGGAGUAUCUUUAUGCGACCGGGCUUCAUGUACGACUCGAGCAGAAAGUUUACAUUGCCAAUCGCUCUCGGUGGCUUUGUCGCCUCCGAGUUGAAUACUUUCCUCGGGAACAAACUUGGUUUCCUCGGAGCCGCGGCCGAGAAGCCGCUGAAAGUUGACGUGGUUGGCGAGGCAGUGGUCGAGGCAUUGGAGGAUGAGUCAACGAGAGGACCCGUUGGAACGAAGCAGAUUGAGCAGUUAGCCACGAAGGCCUGGAGGAAGACGAUGCUCUAG